AUUUUAACUGCAAUGCAGACAGAAAGACCCGUAUCGAAGAAGAUGGCCAGGACAUGUGUGCCUUGAAGUUUUCAAGAGGACGCAAACAGUGGACUGUCGUCCCUGUUAAGGAAGACACGAAGUUUGGCUACAUCGAGAAGCUUCUGGCGGGAGUCUUCGAACGGAUUACGAGGUAUCCAACCUUCAAGACAGCAAAGGCAUCACUCCCGAGACUGGAAAGGGCUACCCUGGGCAGCACACAGGCGGAGAGGCCAGACUUGAAGAGUGCUGUUGCUGCCCACCGCUCGCGCUACCAGAGGCAACGAAUCUUGUGCUCUUGUAGCUCUUGUCGGCCGACGCUGCCAGACGAAGACCUUUGCUGUGGGGAAAUCGAGAAAAUGGCUCCACUGCUGCGGGAGGGGUGCAUCACCCGCAACGAUCUGUUUCGGGUGCUAUGCCUUCAUCGAGAAUCGUUGGAGGUUCAUGCUCUGAUGAUGGAGCAUUUCACUCCUACAGCUAUGGAGACCAACGAUAAAAACAGAAAGCUGAGGUACACUGCAUACCGGGUGUUCGUGAGCUGGGUGUGGCGCUACUGCGGUAGAUCAAAUCGCCACCGCUUGCCAGGUUGCGUCUUGAGAAAGAUACGGGAGGCCUUUCCAUCACCGUCUUAACAACUAUUUUCGUGGCCAUAGUACUCCAACUGCCACCUACUGCCACUCCCGAUCCAGUAGAUCCACGACAUAGUAAAUCUGAAGAGCCAGCCGAGCUGUUUUCAUUUUAAUAAACAUUUUCUCUCUGUCACUACAUGCCUCCGCCUCGUUCAAAAGGAUCAUGCUGCGCUGCGUGCCCGCCUUUGAGCAAAGCUCGG